CCAAUUGCACGUUCGUUUUCACUUUCAUUCUCAGAGUUCGGAAUGAUUUCGCUUCUUCGGCUUCUUUAUGAAGAAAAGAGGCAGAAAAUUAGACACCUCACACUGUUCAAGAUUAAUUUUAUUAUUGCGAAAGGUAUUUGUAAUGCUUGGUAAUACUAUAAUGUAAUUAUAUCCAUGUGAAUACUUUUCGGAGUGCAUUCGAGCACGACGGAAAAGACGCAGAAGACGAUCGGUAAAAAGAAAGAUAGAAAAUGAGAAAAGGGUUGUGGAUAAACAAAGAGAGAAAAAAGAACUUCAGUGAGUAAUAGGCAGUCCUAGCUGGUAAAACAGGAAACAUAACCUUUUUGGCGAAAACGUCUCGACAUGGAUGCGAACUGUCAAAAUUCCGAUCGUGAUCCAAAAUUCCUCUUCGAUCAGCUGAGCACUGCUAGAAAGGAGAUUAAUAAUUUAAGACAACAGCUCAAGAGUUUAAGAUACAUUCAUGAAAAGGAUGUGGACAGAAUCAAGCGUCUUCUCGGCUUAUACACAGACGGUGUGUCCAUUAUCUCAUCAAAUCCCGAAAUUUCGAGGGAAGUGGAACCAAGCACAAGUCAAGAUUCGGAGGAUGUGUUAAAACUCAAGCCGAUUGGCAUGAUAUCGACGUGGUUUCCCAGCAAGAGAGGAACUCCUCGUCAACCCGGGAUUUGCGAAAAAGCCCCCGGAAAAGUGACACUUUUCAAUUCUGUUUUAAACAAUCCUGAACAUGCUCUUGAGGGAUUGCACGAAUUUUCACACAUGUGGAUCCUCUUCCACUUCCACAGAAAUGAUUCAACCCAUAUCCGAGCAAAAGUAGCACCUCCACGUCUAAACGGUGCGAGAACCGGAGUUUUUUCAACCCGAUCGCCUCACCGACCUUGUCCAAUUGGCCUCACUCUUGUAAAAAUCGUAAAAAUUGAGAACAACUCAAUCUACUUCGAAGGCGUGGAUAUGGUCGAUCAGACUCCAGUCCUGGACAUCAAACCCUACAUUCCCCAAUACGACAAUCCCCUCCACAUAGAAAAAUUGCACACAAGGUUGCCGGUAGAACUUGAAAUGGUGGCAAAUGGCAGCGAGAUCCAAAUCCCCGAAACUCUCAGUUUUCGCGACAGAGCUCGGGAAAGUCUCAGCAACGAUCGUUCCAAUCAUUCCGUAGAAGUGGAUUCAAGUUCUUUCCCUCAGGAAUUUCACCAAGCAGAAGAUCCGGACACUUCUGAUAUUUCGCGGGACGAGGAAAUUGCUUUACGACUCCAGGCGGAAGAAUUUCAGGACAAUUACUACCCUGAUUUUGAAAAUGAGGCGCCAGAUUCGAUAAUGCAAUAUUUGAGGCCGAGGCCGGAAAUCCCUUCGGGAAAUGGGAUUGUCACUAGGAAUUUGGAAAAUACAACUUUGACGACGAAUGCGGAAAAUGGUAUUUUGUCGAGGAAUACGGAAAAUAGGAUUUCGCCGAGGAAUGGGGAAAGUGUAAGUUUGGCGAGGAAUUUGGAGGAGGAAGUUACGGAAUCAAGUGAGCGGAUUCGGAAUCUUAAUUUGGAUAAUGGAGAGGAUGAUAAUAGAAGGACGGAGGAUCGGGCUUGGAGAAAUUCGAGGUUGUUGGAAGGAGCCGAUGGACCGAGUACGGUUUGUGGCACGGAUUUGGAUUUGAUUAGAAGAAGGGCUUUGAAUUCGAGGUUGGAUAAUUCGCCCAUAAGAAUGGGAGUUCGUGAGGCACCGGAUGGAGAAGAAGGAUUUGAAUCACAAACUCUCACACUUACACAGACCGUUCCGAAUAUUCAGAAUGUGACGAGGAAUUUUGGGAAUCCGACUGGAGCUGAGGAGGCGGCUUCGGGAACUGUUGCGGACAGUAGAAGCAUUCCGAAUGUUAGGAAUGAAGCCAUCUCAACAGAAAUUCGUGUUCCCGAUUGGAUAUCAAGGCCUCAGACGUCAACUCUCUCCGUGGUAUUCAAUGAGCGAGCCCUCUCACAUUUAAGCGAAAUUCUGGAUGACAAAGCAGAGGAGGAAAAGCUUGCAAUUGAAAACGUCCUUCGCGAGGAUCCAAGAUCCGUCUACCUCAGACAACGAUGGGGCAAUCAAUUUUACACAUUUCUGAUUCACGAUCUUCACAUCACCUGCAGAUUUGACGACAGUAGAAAAAUCGUCACAGUUUUUCAGGUGCGACACGCGGGUCGCACCUGCGAAUGCGGCGAACCGGAAUGGCAAUGCUUAGGUCAUUCUCCCCUCACAUAAUUUUAUUUUCUUUUUUUUUAUUUACCCCUUGUUGUUUUUCUAGAACCUGGAAAUGAAUCUAGAAAACUUGAGUCAUGCAAAUGAUUUGAUCGAUAGCUCUGAUUCCAUUCCGACUCUCGCCUGAGUAUUUUUACUGUGGUUUCUUCGAAAGUGAGGCGCCUGAAUAGUUGCCACAUUCUAUUUCCCGUUAUAUUUAUUUUACCGAAAAUCAUGUGAUUGAAUCACUAUUUUAAAUGAGUGUUUAUUCUUCUGAAAUACUAUUUUGCGUAAUUUUUAGUUUAAUGAAUCGACAUGUACUAUCAUUUUCAAUGUUCCGAGUUUCCAAUUUUGAUGGUUUUUUUGUUUUUCCAGGAUGUUCAGCGACCUUAAAAACGUUGAAAACCAGGAAUUCUCUAUGAAUUUUUGUUUUAAAUCUUGAAAAGCUGGCAUAUAAUAUUGAAAGGGAUUUUGAACAUUUCCAAAAGAGUUUACGGAUUUCAAAGAAUUGAAAAAGACUGAAGGAUUUGAAAAAGACGUGUAGGA